CCCUGCCUAUCCGGAGCGGCAGGCGGCUCUCCGGAGAGCCCGGGGCCACCGCGGCGGGCCGAGCGCUGCCGGGGAGGCGGAGAUGCGGCACCGCUACCCUCAGCAUCUCCGCCUCGAGUCCGGCCCAGGGGAUCCGUCGGACACGGGAGAGGGGGAGGAAAAAGGCCGCCAGCAUGCCGAGGGGCGAGCCGCGCCCCGCCGCGCCCCCCGCCCCGAGAGCGGCACCCCGGCACAGCCCGGAGCGGGGAGACGGAGCCCAAAACAGCCGGCACAGCCCGAGAGCGGGGACACGGAGCCCAAAACAGCCGGCACAGCCCGGAGCGGGGACACGGAGCCCAAAACAGCCGGCACAGCCCGGAGCGGGGACGCGGAGCCCAAAACAGCCGGCACAGCCCGGAGCGGGGACGCGGAGCCCAAAACAGCCGGCACAGCCCGGAGCGGGGACGCGGAGCCCAAAACAGCCGGCACAGCCCGGAGCGGGGACGCGGAGCCCAAAACAGCCGGCACAGCCCGGAGCGGGGACGCGGAGCCCAAAACAGCCGGCACAGCCCGGAGCGGGGACGCGGAGCCCAAAACAGCCGGCACAGCCCGGAGCGGGGACGCGGAGCCCAAAACAGCCGGCACAGCCCGGAGCGGGGACGCGGAGCCCAAAACAGCCGGCACAGCCCGGAGCGGGGACGCGGAGCCCAAAACAGCCGGCACAGCCCGGAGCGGGGACGCGGAGCCCAAAACAGCCGGCACAGCCCGGAGCGGGGACGCGGAGCCCAAAACAGCCGGCACAGCCCGGAGCGGGGACGCGGAGCCCAAAACAGCCGGCACAGCCCGGAGCGGGGACGCGGAGCCCAAAACAGCCGGGCGAGCCAGCCUGCCACCGCCCGGAGCAGCCCGCAGCGAGCAAACCCCGCGGAGCAAAGCCGGUGGGAAAAAAGCGGUGAGGAGGGAAAAAAAAGGAAAAGAAGCAGUCCUGACUCUCCUCCCCCCCUAGCUCUGCUCAUGCACAACAAACAGCCUACAGCUACCGCUCCUCCGCGGGCGAGGGUGACAACACGGCAUCUCCAGCGUUACUG